GCCCGAAUAAAUUCCGAGCCCUAGACAGAAGUUAUUAUAAAACGCAGUAGGACAAGUUCUUCUCUUCUCCCCUCCAUCGGCGCCGCUGCUCCUCACAGUUGCUAACCCUUAGCCACCAAAAAUGCCUUUCAAGCGGUAUGUUGAGAUCGGGAGGAUUGCCCUCAUCAACUAUGGUGAGGAUUACGGGAAGCUUGUUGUAAUCGUUGAUGUAAUUGACCAGAACCGGGCUUUGGUCGAUGCCCCUGAUAUGGAGCGUUCUCAAAUGAACUUUAAGAGACUCUCCUUGACCGAUAUCAAAAUUGAUAUUAAGAGGGUCCCGAAGAAGAAGGAACUGAUUGAAGCCAUGAAAGCUGGGGAUGUUCAGAAGAAAUGGGAGAAUAGCUCUUGGGGCAGAAAAUUGAUUGUUAAGAAGAGAAGAGCCUCACUCAAUGACUUCGACAGGUUCAAGCUUAUGUUGGCGAAGAUUAAGAGGGCUGGAUUGGUUAGGCAAGAGCUUGCAAAGUUGAAGAAGGCCGAGGCUUAGAGGUUCAUUUUUCGAAGGGAUUUUCUCAUUUUGCUCUUUCGACUUUCUUUUAACUUCUAUAGGUCGUUGAUUUAUAGUUCAAACUUUUUUGUAGUAGUAUUAUUGCAUUAAGUCAUUGUGUUCCACCAACUUCUUCCAUUUUUAAUCUUAUUACGCCAAUUUCUUAUUUUGAUUUCAA